UAUUGGUGACGGACGCACUUACUUCCACGGGCUUCCAGAUAAAUUUGUUUCCAUUAAAAAGUAUAUUUUCCCCUAAGUUAUAAAUUAAGUCGAUAAACUGCCUGUUAAGCUGCUUGUCUGUUGAGUAAAUUUAGCAGCUGGCGGUGAUGGAGGAGGAGCAGAGAGCGGGUACCGCUGCUGCUGCUGGAGCUGCAGAAGGAGGAGGACAAUCGGUGAAGGAUGAAGAAGAGGUAGAAGAGGUAAAAGAGGAAGAUGUGACACAUACAGCAACUCAAGGCGAAGAGGAGGAAGAUGAGGACGCUCUUCCUCAUUCAGAAAUCUUGGAUAUUUUCGAGGAAGGACUUGCUCGACUCGUGCAGGAUCCUUUGCUCUGUGACCUGCCAAUUCAGGUGACUCUGGAGGAGGUCAACUCUCAGAUUGCUUUGGAGUACGGCCAGGCGAUGACUGUAAGAGUCUUGAAAGCAGACGGUGAAGUGAUGCCGAUUGUGGUGGUGCAAAAUGCUACGGUCCUUGAUCUGAAGAAGGCUAUUUGCAGAUUUAUGGAGCUAAAACAGCAACGGGAAGGCGGCGUGAAACACAUCAGCUGGAGAUAUGUUUGGAGGACGUAUCAUUUAGUAUUUCAGGGCGAGAAGCUCGAAGAUGACAAGAUGAGGCUUAAAGACUAUGGGAUCAGGAACAGAGACGAAGUGACGUUCAUGAAGAGACUCAGGAAAAAGUGAACCACGAAAAACACUGUUUGCUGCAGUCCUCGUGUGUGCUCGUGCUCACAGCGUUUUAUUCUUAAAAUAACUUAAAAAAAAUGUUGCUGUAGUUUUUUAGCCUCUCAAAGAGGCUUCAUGUAAAUAAAAUAUUUA